UCCGUUCUCGGAUUCGCUUCGAAUGGAACUGGACAUGGAAUGAUCGAUAUGAUUUUAAGAGAAAGUAUUGAAAAAUAUAAUCCAAAUCUUUGGCUUCUCAAUGGACCGGGGGCAGUGAUACGAGCAAUCCAAAGAAUAUGCAAGGUUGAUAACCCAAAGGCGCUUGAUUUGAUGCGACCAGAGUUUUGCAAUGGACUUAUGAUUUCGCCACGAACCGUAUUCUUUCCAUUAGACCCACAAGAAGCUUUCAAAACAGAUCCUCAAAUUGUCGAAGAAGCGUUCAAGAAAAUAACAAACGAAACGGUUGGAAUCCAUUUAUGGACCAGUCAAACGCGUGAUAUUGACAUCUUGAAAUCUGGACCGCCCAUGCUUUACACGAUCAUGGCAAAGAAGUUUUGCCCAGACUCCUACGAAGUAUCCGGACUGCACUUCAAUUAAAGAUAUAUUGAAACAUUAAAUACAAAUCCAUAAUCUUUUUAAUAUCUAGAUCCAUUUAAAAUGAAAGCAAGAAGUAGUCAAAUCAAGUUAGUAAAAGUUCAUUCCCCGAAAAUUCACAUUUUUUCGGAAAUUAAUAAUCUGAAUUCUUAAAGAGAAUUGCGGCUUCAAAAGUAUUUAAAUUGAUUUGAGUUCGGCCAAUUUUCAAUAAAUUAGGUAUAAGCUCCAGGUGUUGAUUUAUAAAAAUAGAUUUUAUUCAAACAAAAAUCGUGUGUUUUCUGUGUUGAUAAGAAGCAAGCGAGAGUACUCUCUCUAACACACACACACACUGCGUCAAUGUCUGUGUGUCUUACGAAUGUUCAAAAGUAAUUUGUUUUGUUUUCAUUCAGUAAACAACACACAAAAGCGGCAAAUGUCAAUAAAUGUAAAUAAACAAAUUCAGCUGUUU